CGGGCGAGGAACUGGAGCGCAGAGCAAGCCACCAAGGGUCUCAAGGAGACUGUCAAGUGGAGGCGUGAGUACAGGCCGAAUGCAAUUUCCUGGGACGACAUUCCAGAAGUGGAGAACGAGGCCCGGAGGACACAUGUGGCCGACUACCUUGACAAGAAUGGAAGAAGUGUCCUCGUAUCAAACGUACCAAUGAAGUCUAAAGUUUCAGCCAAGGAGCAAAUAAAGCACCUGGUGUAUCUCCUGGAGCAUUUCGCCACCAACUCGGCGGAUGAACAAGACGACUUCGUCGUUUGGCUGACCGACUUCCGAGGCUGGUCGAUAUCGAGCUCGCCGCUGUCGAUAACCCCCGAAUCCAUACACAUAAUCCAAAACUAUUAUCCGGGGGUGAUAGGCGUGGCGAUCCCUUUCGACCCUCCAAGGAUUUUUGAGUCUUUCUGGAAGAUAGCCAAGAACUUCGUGCAGCCAGACAUGAAAGAGAAAGUGAAGUUUGUGUAUGCAAACAAGCCGGAGAGCAUCAAGAUAAUGGCUGACAUCUUUGACUUGGAUACGCUGGAAUCUUCAUUUGGAGGAAGAAGCACCGGUACGGCCUUCGACAUCAACAAGUAUGCCGAGAGAAUGAGAAGAGCCGACAAGAUGAGAGGAGCAUCAAAAGAUUCAAAUGGUCACAACCACUGAUAGAAGAUAGGCUAGGGGUUGCAAUGCAUCACACAUUCGUAUUCAUCCACAGUGGGGUAAUAUAUAAUAGAGUACAUGAGAGAGAGGGAGAAAGAUACACACGCACGUAAACAGACUAACCAUCGAUCCUAGAUGGAUGGAAAGAUAAGUGCAGCUAACAGCCUUGCAUGCGCCAUGCAAGGGCGGUGGAUGCAUGGAGUGUGCGACUAGCUCGGACUAGUAACACAAGUCUAACAGUAGACCAAAUCAUAGUCUAACAGCCCCCCGCAGUGUCAACGUGGGCUUGCCGGACGUUGAGACUGGAUCGAAAUUCAGCAAAGAGCGUGGUUGGCAGCCCUUUGGUGAAAAUGUCAGCAUACUGUGAAGAAGUGGGAACAUGCAGAACCCGAACCUCGCC